GGCUUAUCGACAAAUUAAUAGGGUUCAUGUUGCGGGGUUUUAUUCGAGUCCUCCAUCCUAGGGGAAGAGCACCUCUUGCUGACCGGAAAUCGCGGGUAGAUCGACAAAUCAUGGCGAGAGCAACCAGGCGUAAUGUUGCAACCCACAAUUACAAAAUCUCCGGCACCGAGUCGGAGUCGUCACUAUCUUCUGCGGUCAGUGAUUAUGGGGAAACCAUCGCCGCAAUCCAGGCCAAUGGAUUCGCCAAGUCAAAAACAGAACAUUUGGAUAUGCUGGAUCCAGAAAUAGAUUCAGAGGAGCCAGCUGAGGAGGAGGAGGUGAAAGGAGCUGCGGCGCGGCGGCCACCACCUGUGAACAGUGAUUAUUUGCCUCUCCCCUGGAGAGGACGCCUAGGAUAUGCCUGUCUUUGCACGUAUCUCCGGAACUGUAACCCUCCUGUCUUUUGCUCCCGUACAUGUCGGAUUGCGUCCAUUCUUGAGUAUCGGCACCCUUUAAAGGACCCCUCUCAACCUGCGCAUCCGACGAAAAACCGUCCAGAUCGGGAUCAAACCCCAGACGUUGUUAGGGGCGAAGUAUAUGUUCAGGCCCUUGGCCUUGCGAAUGCAAGGGACAUAAUAAAGAUGCUGCGCUGGAAUGAGCGGUUUGGCAUACGGUUUAUGAGGCUGAGCAGUGAAAUGUUUCCAUUUGCCAGCCAUCCCGAACAUGGAUACAAGCUCGCACCGUUUGCGUCUGAAGCACUAGCAGACGCUGGUAAAGUUGCCACAGAAUUAGGUCAUAGACUGACAGUUCACCCUGGUCAAUUCACUCAACUCGGCUCACCACGCCGCGAGGUCAUUGAAAGCUCAAUCCGAGACCUUGAAUAUCAUGCCGAAAUGUUGGGCCUCCUGAAGUUACCGCCGCAACAAGACCUGGAUGCCGUUAUGAUUGUCCACAUGGGUGGGACUUUUGGAGAUAAACAGGUAACCCUGAAGAGGUUCAAGGCUGUUUACAAAACCUUAUCACAGGAUAUUAAAAAAAGGUUAGUUUUGGAGAAUGACGAUGUCAACUGGACAGUUCAUGACCUGCUGCCUGUCUGCGAAGAACUUGAUAUUCCUUUGGUUCUUGAUUAUCACCAUCACAAUAUCAACUUCGAUGCCGAUAAAAUCCGUGAAGGCACUUUGGAUAUUAUAAAGUUAUAUGACCGAAUUAGAGCUACAUGGACUAAAAAGGGAAUCACACAAAAGAUGCACUAUUCAGAGCCGACACCGUCCGCAAUUACGAAAAUGCAGCGGCGAAAACACAAUUCAAGGGUACAGAUGCUACCACCCUGUGACCCAACUAUGGACUUGAUGAUUGAAGCCAAGGAUAAAGAACAAGCUGUCUUCGACUUGAUGAAGACCUACAAGCUUCCUGGCUUUGAAAAAGUGAAUGAAAUUAUUCCACAUGUCAGACCCCGUGAAUUAGAGGACGGGAUUGACAUUGGUGGCCCUGAAGGGAGGGUUUAUUGGCCUGUUGGCAUGGAGCACUGGCUUCGGCCUGAAAAGCGGGUUGUAAAGCGCAAAAUGAAAAAUGAUGAACCAGGGAGCAACAAGAGUGGUCCCAGAACAAAGGCAAUGGCCGAGGAAUCGGAGGGCGAAGGGAUCAUGACUAAAAGGCCUGCCAGGAGGAAAUCUUUAAAGGCAAAGGCAAAAUCAAAGAAAACCUGA